GGUGAAGAGACUCCUAUUUCCGGGACGGCGCUUACGUGUUCACUUUAUGACAGGCAUUCGGUAGCGCAGCGCUGGAGUUGUGGGGGAUAUAUGAUAUAUCGACGGUCGAGGAAGUUCUGAGCUUUGCUGUUUUUAGCACCCGCCGGGCAGCAUGUUGCCCACCACCACCACGUACUCCCCGCAAAGCGCGGGCAACGGCAGCCUCAGCUCGCGGGACGCCGCGCGCCACACGGCCGGUGCCAAGCGCUACAAGUACCUGCGGCGGCUGCUGCACGUGCGCCAGAUGGACUUCGAGUUUGCCGCGUGGCAGAUGCUCUACCUGUUCACGUCCCCGCAGCGCGUCUACCGCAACUUCCACUACAGGAAGCAGACCAAGGACCAGUGGGCACGCGACGACCCGGCCUUCCUCGUGCUGCUCAGCAUCUGGCUUUGUGUGUCCACGGUGGGCUUUGGUGUGGUCCUGGACAUGGGCCUGGUGGAGAUGCUCAAGCUACUGCUGUGGGUGGUGUUCAUUGACUGCAUUGGUGUCGGUCUGCUCAUCUCCACUCUCAUGUGGGUCAUCACAAAUAAAUAUCUGAUGAAACACCCAAGUAAAGAUUAUGAUGUGGAGUGGGGUUAUGCCUUUGAUGUGCAUCUCAAUGCCUUCUACCCGCUGUUGGUCAUCCUGCACUUCUUCCAGCUAUUUUUCAUCAACCAUAUUGUGGUAAUCAAUUCAGACUGGUUCCUAGGAUACUUUGUAGGGAACACACUGUGGCUCAUAGCCAUUGGCUACUACAUCUACAUCACAUUCUUGGGCUACAGUGCUCUGCCCUUCCUGAGGAACACAGUGGUACUGCUGUACCCCUUUGCACUGCUGGCUCUUCUCUAUUUGCUAUCCUUGGGCCUGGGCUGGAACUUUACCAGGGGUCUCUGCUGGUUCUACAAGUAUCGGGUCCAGUAGCUUGCUGCCAGAACUGCUCAGCUGCAUAGGACUUUGGGAUGUUCAUGGUUGGGCUAGUUGAGCCCUGGGACAGGUGGAUUGGAAGAAUGUUGGACUUAAAUCCAGGAAUGGGGUAUACCCCCACUGGAGGACUACAGUUUUUUUUUUAUUUGCAUUGACCUGAAAGGGUUUUGGUUCUGUAAAGCUUGUAAAUUCUCUGUAGAUAGUUUUUUUUAAAACAAAUUCCUUAGAUGUGCACAGUUGUUGAAACUGCAUGGGGGAGAUUGCAUGUACAUUCCUGAUUCUUGGUGGGAGCACCUUCAAUAAAGUGGUUUUUACUUUCACAUUUAAA